UAAAAGGGGGAAGCACAAAGAAAUGGGCUGCUUUUAAUACCGAGAUGGUCCUUUAACUCACUCCAAAGAGCGACCACAAUUCAACUGGGAAUCAAAAGCACAAAGUGGUUACUAGCGUUCCACUUAUUUAUUUUUGUAAAGCGGAUUUUAUAUCGAUGAGGAAGUUUUUUGUCAUCUACUUGCUACAUUUAGCUAGCAAUCUGAGUUAACGCGACGAGUUUGCCUCAGUUCGUUUCUACGCUACAUUGGACAACUUAACUUAAUUUGUACUGGCGUCUCUGAAGUGAUGUACCUCAAUUUCCACACCCUACAAUAUCCCAAAAAGCAUUGCGGAUGUCAAGGUCACAAUGAUGGAGCAGAAUAGAAACAGGCUUUGGCCAAUGCCUUCAGAGGGAUUGUCUGCUUUUUAAGUUUGGCAUUGGAUCUUGGCAGAUUUGGCACAGGCCUGAGGGUAUGUUGAGACGUCUCACAGGGCCAGAGAAGAGGCGUCUAGGUGGUUCAGACGGGGACUGAAGGUGAGGAGGAAAGAGAGACCAGGGACGAAGACAUGGGUCAGUGUGUCACCAAGUGUAAGAACCCCACGUCCUCGCUCGGCAGUAAGAGUGGGGACAAGGAGGGGGGAUCCAAGUCCCACCACAAGAAAGGUGGUCACAAAGAGGAGCAACAUGCCCCGUGUAGCAAAGCCAUCGGCGAGCUGUCGAAUGGCACCAAGGCCCUGGAGGUCACAAUGGAGACCCCCGUCAUCUCUGCCAUGAUGGGGGAGCCACACAGGGACAUGGGUCUGGAUGGGAAUGGGCUGUCGAUGCUGCGCAUUGAGGAGCUGUUCUACUGCUACAAGGAUGAACAUGAAGACGCCAUCCUGGAGGAAGGCAUGGAGAUGUUUUGCAUCGACCUGUGUGUGGAUCCGGCGGAGUUCAGAGUGCUCGUUCUUGCCUGGAAGUUUCAAGCAGCAACCAUGUGCAAGUUUACAAGGAAGGAGUUUACCGACGGCUGCAAGGCCAUAAAGGCAGACAGCCUUGAGGGCAUCUGCUCAAGUUUCCCCGUCAUGCUGCUGGACGCCAAGGGCGAGGAGAACUUCAAGGACCUGUAUCGCUUCACGUUCCAGUUUGGCCUGGACGCUGACGAAGGCCAACGCUCGCUGCAGCGCGAUAUCGCCAUCGCCCUGUGGCGCCUGGUGUUCACCCAGAACUCUCCUGCUAUCCUGGAACACUGGCUGGACUUCCUGUCGGAGAACCCCUCGAGUAUUCGGGGCAUCUCAAGGGACACGUGGAACAUGUUCCUCAACUUUACCCAGGCUAUCGGGCCCGACCUGAGCAACUACAGCGAGGAGGAGGCGUGGCCCAGCCUCUUCGACACCUUCGUGGAGUGGGAGUUGGAGCGCAGGAAAAAGGAGGAGGAACAGAUGGCUAAGGAGGAAGAGGGGAGGUGUACUGACUCAGAGUGUUCUCCCACUACAGACAGACUUGAAACAGAGGGAAGCCGCGGCUCACAGACGUGGGGGGGCCACUGACCAGGAAUCAAGAAAUAUGUGCAAGGGAGGGAAGGAUGUGACCUACACGUGAACUGUACAUCUGUGAAUCAUCGGAUGAAUAUUAGUAUUACCAUGACAGCUGUUCAUUUCGCUCUCCUUUUCUGUCGGGAUGGGAUUCCUGCUUUGCACCCUUAUCUUUUUUGGUUUUCAAAAGGGCUCUAAGAACUGUUAUGUUUUAAGCACUUCUAUUUAAGUUAUUGUUUUACAUAUUUUUCUCCUCCCAUUUGUGUUUUUAGUAAUUGGACGCGGGUCCGUUUAAACCUCCACCUACGUACCAUAACCCAGCAGAUUUAGAUCCGUUAAAAAUCAGGCAAAAGAAAGCCAUAACUUCUCACAAUGAUCAUAUAGACAGUUCCUCUGGACCUGGUAACACCGCUGAUAUGUUUUGUUCAAGGAAAUAGUCAAUCAUAAAAAAGGUUUUUUUUUUUUCACAAAUAAUUUCUUACUAUCAAAACAUGAGGUUUACCAUAAGGGUCAGUUGAAUGGUGUUGAUCGGACUAAUCUUUGUUAGAUUGUAUGCGUUUAUCUUGCAGUGCUGUGAGGAUGAAUUGGUUGCACUUGUAUUGCCUUCACUAAUGCAUGCUUGCUAUUACACAGCAAGCAGUAAUGGAUUCAAUUCUGUCCCAAGGGCUUUUAUUUUUUUUUAAACAAAGUUAAAAUUUCCAUUUAAUAUCCAAGUUGGUAACAGACCCACCCUUUCUUCUGUGUUGAGUGUUUUUGAGUGCUACUAGUACGGUGAGGGCUGAGCUUGUUGAAGCAGCUGGCUGCGCUCUCUUUUGACCUCCAGCAUUACCUAUUUGAUGUCCACCUAUUUUCAAGAAGGGUUAGGUAUAAAACACAAUGUUCUGGCUUUCCUAAGAUUCCUCAUUUUAGGAAGUUGGUAACGCAUCAAAUCAGCUUAAAGAAGGUCUUGGUCAUUUCUUAGAGAAUUAUGCCUAAACCUGAGUUCAUGGCCUUACAAUGGGCGCCCCACAUUUUUAUUUAGUUUACCUUCAGGAGUUUAACAGUCUUCACAUCUUUGAUCUGAUAACAAAAAAAACGUGUGCACACUUCCCAAAGGUUGACUGCUGCUGGUGUUGGUUUGUAAUGAAUUGCACAAAAAACAAAUGGCAUGCUUAGUCGCUAUACUUGCAACGCUUUGCAAGAAGAUUGAUGUCAACCACAUCAUUUACAUUUAAACUUUUUCCAAACCGUUUAUCAAGCUCAAGUUUAGACCUGUGUGUUUUGGGAUGAGUGAAUGAGUGAUAACAGCACCUGCUGGCUAAUCAAGAGUCUGUGGUAAGAGGGUGGCACAUAACCUGAUCUGUUUGGUUUACAUCUACAAUGGUUUUAUUUCAGACCCCCUUUGUCCUUUUUUAUAUAAAAUGUAUUGAUUUAUAAUGAAUAAAAACAGUGUUGAACUUUU